CCGAAUCCGAACAUUCCCACCAUGCAUACUGACCACCACUCAAGUUCAGUCUAGAGGCGCUUCACCGGACAAUUCUAGACAUAGAGAAUAGAUAUUAGCAAUUAUACCGCAAGGCUCUCCGCGAGCUCACCGGCAGGAACAUACAGAUCGUGCAAUUAGACCCUAGAUAUCAUAGAGCUUCAUGACCGUCCUCUCCGCGCCCACGUCUCACCUCCCGCCCAUCGGAAAGAUCCAGAAGUACUCAGCUGAGGAUCUCACCAAGGCAGUCCGUUACCUACGACUAAUCUACAACCCAGACGUCCGUGGCAUCCGGCGCAUCGACCGUAACCGUCAGAAGCAUCGCAGCGAACUACUCUCCGCGUCUCUCAAGCCCGGAUCUCGACCUUCUACGGAUCCUAGUCUCGAGGCCCUGCGAUCGGAUACCUUCGAACGCGCCUACGCGAUCAGGUGGCUCACUGCGCUCGUCUCCCAGGUGUACCAGCUCCUAGAAUUUGCCGACGAAGACUUGCAUGGGGGGUUUUCGGAUCUCGAGGAUCUUCUCCAGCAAGCGUCCGCCCUGCUGGCAAUUUGCGCAGGCACUGCGUCUGCUGGCACGAUAACGAGGACCUUCCGCUUCCAAAACGGCGACACGCCGAUUGAGGUCCAGCUGACGGACGUGCCGCUCGAGAACCAGGACUACCCGAGCGUCGGUGCACAAACAUGGGGCAGCGCGUGUCUUCUCGCUGAGAUGCUCGUCGAGGACCCCGGUGUGUUUGACCUGGGUUCUCCACCCACGGGCGUGCGCGUGCUCGAGCUGGGAGCGGGCACGGGCCUGGUCAGCGUCGCACUCGGCAAGCUCCUGAACGCGAAGGGGUGCUGUGCGGGCACGGUUCUCGCCACGGAUUUCCACCCAUCCGUGCUCGCGAACCUAGAGAACAACCUCGCCGCCAACUUCCCGCCGCCGAAUCUCCAGUCAGUGUCCGUCAGCUCGCACUGCCUCGACUGGGCGAAGUUUCCUGCCCUGCAAGACCCGUCCGCACCGUUCGACCAGCCAUUCGACCUCAUCUUCGGCGCGGACAUUAUAUACGAGGCAGAGCAUGUGCGCUGGGUCAAGAAUUGUGUUGAGAAGCUCCUCCGCAAGCCAUUCUCCCCAUCGGUGGAUGUACGGCCCGCUUUCCAUCUCAUCAUCCCGCUCCGGCCGACUCACACGCUGGAGUCGAGUGCUAUCGAGGAAGUAUACCCGUUCGCCAGUGAGGGAGCCAUGGACGGCGGUCUGGUCACCCUGUCGAAGGACGUCGUCGUCUGCGAGGCGAGUGGGGACGUGCGCUCGAGGGGCGGGACUAUAGAAGAAGUGGAGUAUGUGCAUUACGCGAUAGGCUGGUGUCCGUGAGGCGGAUCAGUGCUGGAGUGGAAAUGUUGUUUUCUUGUUUUCUUGGGACUACGGUGCGCCCCCUUGCCUAUGAUGAUCUGAAUCCUCGAAGGAGAUAUGAUAUAGACGCGGGAAUUCGAUAAAUCACUCAGUGUAUUUCGUACCAUUAUGCAGAGUUGAUCUCUGUAGACAUUUGGAGACGUUGCUGUAGCAAUCUCACGACUUUUCUUCACGCA